AUGGAUCUCUUUGUCGAUAUCGUCACUCCAAACGGGCGUAGCUAUAAGCAGCCCACUGGCCUCUUCAUUAAUAACGAGAUUGUAUCUGCAACGGGAGGACAAACUAUUACCUCGCUUGACCCCGCCACUGACAAGCCCAUUGCUACUGUUCAGGCUGCCAGUGCCGCAGAUGUCAACCGCGCUGUGGAAGCAGCGAAAGCAGCCCUAGUUCAUCCCUCAUGGAAACAGCUUCCCGCCACAGAACGAGGUCAGCUCAUGGGACGAUUGGCUGACCUUAUGGAGGAGAACCGUGAAUUGUUAGCUUCCAUUGAUGCAUGGGAUAAUGGAAAACCUUACCACGUCGCUGUCGACGAGGACCUCACGGAGGCAAUUACUACCAUCCGCUACUACAGUGGCUGGGCCGAUAAGACUUUUGGUCAGACAAUCAACACAACUCCUCAGAAGUUUGCCUACACAAUCCGCCAGCCCAUCGGAGUUGUCGGCCAGAUCAUUCCCUGGAACUACCCACUGUCAAUGGCAACCUGGAAGCUAGGUCCGGCCUUGGCUUGCGGAAACACAGUUGUUCUCAAGCCCGCCGAGCAAACCCCUCUUAGUGCCCUUGUGCUUGGAACAUUGAUCAAGGAGGCUGGUUUCCCUCCAGGUGUGGUAAACAUCGUCAACGGAUACGGCCGUGAAGCCGGCGCAUCAUUGGCAUCGCACCCACUAGUUGACAAAGUUGCCUUCACAGGGUCAACUGGCACUGCUCGAGAAAUCAUGAAGAUGGCCGCUGGUACUCUGAAAAACAUCACUCUCGAGACGGGCGGCAAGUCCCCUCUCCUUGUUUUCCCCGAUGCAGACAUGGACCAAGCGGUCAAGUGGUCGCACGCUGGUAUCAUGUCCAACAAAGGCGAAAUUUGCACGGCUACUUCUCGCAUCUUUGUUCACCGUGAUAUCCUAGAAGCCUUCACUGCUUCCUAUAAGGCCGCAGUUGAAAGCGUCAAGAUUGGCGACCAGUGGGAUGAAGCUGUCUUCCAAGGUCCUCAAGUCACACGCGCUCAAUACGAUCGGAUCCUCUCCUACUUUGAGAUCGCUAAGAGCGAAGGUGCUACUAUCCUCACUGGCGGCGCUCCUUAUAAGCCUACCGAUGCAAAGAAUGCAAACGGAUAUUUCGUCCAGCCCACCGUUAUCAUCAAUGCCACUGAUUCCAUGCGCAUCGCCCAAGAAGAAGUCUUCGGGCCUGUCGUGGUUAUCUUCCCCUUCGGUGACGAAGAAGAAGCCAUUCGUCGCGCUAAUGAUAGCGCAUACGGUCUCGGUGCAUCUGUUUUCACUCGCGACCUAGAGCGAGCUCACCGCGUCGCGUCGGAGAUUGAGUCUGGUAUGGUCUGGAUCAACAGUAGCCAGGACUGCGACCCACGAAUUCCAUUCGGUGGUGUGAAGCAGAGUGGUAUUGGACGGGAAUUGGGUGAAGCUGGCCUUGAAGCUUAUAGCCAGGUCAAGGCUGUUCAUGUGAACAUGGGUACGAAAUUAUGA